AUGAUAAUUCAAUUAUAUUUUACUUCAUACUAUUUAAUUCCUUCUUUCAUUUCCACUUAUUAUGAAUUUAGUAAACCUGAUCAAUUAGUUGAUGAUAUAAUUGAACAAGUUAUAUUGACCAUUGAAUUAUGGUAUAAUCGAUGCAUACAAUCUUGUAAUUUAGUUACAUCAUCAUCAUCUAACUUAUCAACAUUAAUUGAGCAUAAAUCAUUAUGUACAACUGCUUCUAUGACAGAUUAUGGACGUAAUGAAUUAAGUUUACAAUUGACUUCAGUUAUUCUCAGUGAACAUCCUGUUUAUAAACUUAUGUAUAAACGAGCUAUGGAUUUUCUACGCUCUGCAUUAUCAUCUUACCCUCCUGAACCAUUACCUUUACCUCCAGGUUUCAGUGUUCUACUUGAUCUUGAUCAAGAUAAACUCAGUUCUUCCACCAAUGAAAAUGGGACUACUGUUAAUUCUGUUGGUUAUUUACGAAAACCUCCAUUAAACAUCCCGACAACAAUGAUGUCAGGUGGUAGUAAUACCACUACUGGAUUACUUUUUCAUUCUUCCCCUUCUAGUCCACAUAAAGAAUCAAUCAUAAUUUUAAAACUUCUAAAUUUGAAAUAUUAA